AUGACUUCUGCUAAUGCUGUUGCUUAUUCGGCAAUUGGCUUAUCACUGUUAAGCUUUAUGAUUAGCAUUUAUUCAUUAAAAGGCUUAGCAUCUAAAAUUGGUGUUAUUAAUGCAAAGAUUAUUGAGGAAGCAAAAGAAUUUCGUGGAUUGGAAAGUUAUAUUCGAGAUGAAUAUCAUUACAAAAUGGCUUCAGCUAGUUUUGACAAUAUUAGGGUUGCAAGACAAGCUCCUCAAUGUCAAUGCAAUCCAAAUAAUCGAUGUCCACCUGGACCUCCUGGACCACCUGGUUUAAGCGGACAGGAUGGAACACCUGGUCUACCAGGACCAGCUGGUGCACCAGGUCUUCCAGGUAACAUGCCAGCUAUUAAUUAUAACUAUGAAGGACGUUGUCGCUCAUGUCCUAAUGGAUCACCAGGAUUACCAGGACCACCAGGACAACCAGGACGGCCAGGUAGCAACGGAUUAAGAGGACCAGCUGGAAAUCGAGGACCAAAUGGUAAUAGAGGAUUACCAGGUCCACCUGGCCAAUCAGGUGAAGCAGCACCACCAGGUCAUCCAGGAGAACAAGGAAUACCUGGUCCACCUGGACCACAGGGAGGAAAAGGAUUACCAGGACCGCAUGGAUUACCAGGACAGCCUGGACCACCUGGUUCGCCGGGACAACCAGGUUUGGGAGGUAAUCAAGGAUUACAAGGACGUCAAGGAACACAGGGACCAGUAGGACAAGCUGGAGCAGAUGGACAACCUGGUUCACCUGGUCAAAGAGGUACACCUGGUACACCUGGUGAAGACGCUGCCUAUUGCCCGUGUCCACACCGACGUAUCGCUAUAUCACUUCAGAAAGCCUAA